GGAUUCACCUUAGCUAGGGUUUCUUCUCCACCCAAUCCUGUUUUUGUCAAAAAUCCCCCCCUCCCAAUUCGGAACGUGUUCUCUCUCGAUCAAAAACAAAAUUCUUUUAAGAACGAUCGAUUUCAUUUGAUUUUCCCAGAAAGAAAGCACAGCAACAAUCAAUCAACCAUGACGGGGAAGGCUAAGCCGAAGAAGCACACCGCGAAAGAGAUCGCCGCGAAGAUCGACGCAGCCACCACCAAUAGAGGCGGCGGAAAGGCCGGUCUCGCUGACCGGUCCGGUCAAGUUAAGGGCGGCCAUGCCAAGUUCGAGUGUCCACACUGCAAGAUUACGGCGCCUGAUGUAAAGACUAUGCAGAUUCAUCACGAGUCGAAGCACCCCAAAAUCCCUUUUGAGGAGGACAGGGUUACGAAUCUCCACGUUGAUCGUGCUGCCGAGGGGUCUAAGGUCAAACCGGGUGUGAGAGGUAGCUUAAAGAAGUGAAGAAAUCCGAAUUUCUGGGUGAUCAAUGAUGAUGAUAAUGGUGGGUGGGCUCAAUUCUAUGGUAUUGGGUGUUUCUGUUUUUGUUUUUUCCCUUUUUCUUUAUUAUCUUGUUCUCUCUAUGUUUUGUCUCUGGUGCUGAUGGGAAGUGGACUUGUAAGGUGUUUUGAGUAAAACAUAUGAGCUUGCAAUUAUGCAUAUUACAUAAAAGAAGACAUGAUCAUGGUUGUUCUGUUAACGAUGGAGGUGCUCAUAUUCUUAUUGC